AUGGCCAAGGUGUAUGCAGAGAAGGAACACACUAUUAAAAAGAAAUCAACUGGUGUGAUCCUCUCAGUAGUAAAGGGUGGGCUGCACGCAGCAAAAAAGUUGCAAGUGGAUAAUAGUGAGGGACUCUCAACCCAGGUUUCAGUAAGCCCAGUUGUAUCUCCAACUUCUGCGAUCCAUCUGUUCUUGUCCCUGAAGAAUGAUGAGAAUAUCUCAAACAUUGAUGGCAAACUAGACAAAAUACUCAAAGAAUUGUCCAGUAUGAAAACUGAGAUCAGAGAGGGCUCUCUCAGGGUUGAGAAGACAAUAGAAAAGCUUGUAGCCUUUAUUGCUGAAUUUGUGUCUUCUACAACACAACCACCCCCACAAUAA